GCGGCCUAUGAGCAGUGGCGGGAGCGAGCGGACAGCGGGGCCUGCUGCGACUACAGCCUGCACGUGGACAUCCCCCGCUGGCACGAGAGCGCCCGGGAGGAGCUGGAGGCCCUGGUCAAGGACAAGGGACCCCCACCCCUCCCUGGGAGCUGAUGUGGUGGUGGGGGGGGCGCUGGCCUCGGCACCUCGUUCCAAGCCGCAGCUCGGCCGCCUGGUUGUUCUUUGCUUGGCCGUGGGAGGCUGUGGCCUUGCAGCUCAGAGCAGGGAGGUGGAGGGAAGCCGGGCACCUGCAGCCACUGCUCACCUGCUGGGGUGCUGCUGGGCGGGGCCUGCAGACCAGGGGUAGGUCCUCAGGAGGAGCCCAGGGACGGGCCACCUGCCUCCUAUGUCUGCGGGACAUUUCCUGCUCACUAAUCAGCGACCUCCACAGAUACCCUGUGCAGGUUGUCAUCUGGGGGGUGGCUCCUGUGGCACAGGGUGACCUACUUUCCCUGCCACAUGCCUCAGCUCCUCACAUCAGCACUUUUAGGCCAGAGAGACUACCAGCGAGGAGCAGGGGGCUGAGAGCCUGGUGUGAACUCUUUCCUGGUCUUCAUGGCGUACAAGGACCGGUGUCAGUGCACCGACAGCCAGAUGUACGAGAUCUUCAGCAUCAUCCGGGACCUGGGAGCCAUGGCCCAAGUGCACGCAGAGAACGGGGACAUCGUGGAGGAGGAGCAGAGGCGGUUGCUGGAGCUCGGCAUCACCGGCCCGGAGGGCCAUGUGCUCAGCCACCCCGAGGAGGUGGAGGCCGAGGCUGUGUACCGAGCUGUGACUGUCGCCAAGCAAGCCAACUGCCCCCUGUAUGUCACCAAGGUGAUGAGCAAGGGUGCAGCCGAUGUGGUCGCCCAAGCCAAGCGCAGAGGGGUGGUCGUGUUUGGGGAGCCCAUCACUGCCAGCCUGGGUACAGACGGCUCCCACUACUGGGACAAGAACUGGGCCAAGGCCGCGGCCUUUGUCACAUCGCCCCCUGUCAGCCCGGACCCUACCACUGCCGACCACCUCACCUCCCUGCUGUCCAGGUAAGGGGCGGCUCGGGCUGGCCCAGGGCAGCUUGCGUGCUCCAUGCCCACCAUGGCCUCAGCCUGCUGGCAGCGCAGGCCUCCCUGGCACAGAAGCUUGGCCAGCACCUCCCACCUGGAGCCCCCGCACUGCCCUGUCCUUGCCCUGUCCUGGUCCCCUGCACUCAGUGCCGCCCCUGCCCAGCGCCCUCUCUCACACAUCUCCAGCCCGUGGGCCGUGCUGGCCAGGGUGGGAGGCAAAGCUGGCUGGGCCUCGGCGGGCCUCAGAAGGGCAGGCCCCUCUGGGCUCCACUGAGCCCAGCUUGCUCUAGCGGGGACCUCCAGGUGACUGGCAGUGCCCACUGCACCUUCACCACUGCCCAGAAGGCUGUCGGCAAGGACGACUUCACCCUCAUCCCCGAGGGCACCAACGGCGUCGAGGAGCGCAUGUCUGUGGUCUGGGAGAAGUGCGUGGCCUCAGGGAAAAUGGAUGAGAAUCAGUUUGUUGCUGUAACCAGCACGAAUGCUGCCAAAAUCUUCAACUUUUACCCAAGGAAGGGGCGAGUGGCCCUGGGCUCAGAUGCUGACCUGGUCAUAUGGAACCCCAGGGCCACGAAAAUCAUCUCUGCCAGGACCCACAACCUGAACGUGGAGCACAACAUCUUGGAAGGCGUCGAGUGCCGAGGAGCACCCUCGGUGGUCAUCAGUCAGGGCAGGGUGGUGCUGGAGGAUGGGAACAUGUUCGUGACCCCAGGGGCUGGCCGCUUCAUCCCCCGGAAGACGUUCCCUGACUUUGUCUACAAAAGGAUAAAAGCUCGAAACCGGUUGGCAGAGAUCCACGGAGUGCCCCGCGGCCUCUACGACGGGCCAGUCCACGAGGUGAUAAUGCCUGCCAAGCCAGGGGGCAGUGCCCAGGCCCGCCCAUCCUGCCCCGGGAAGAGCUCCAUUCCCACUGUGCGCAACCUGCACCAGUCGGGGUUCAGCCUGUCUGGAUCUCAGGCGGACGACCACGUAGCCAGACGCACAGCGCAGAAGAUCAUGGCGCCUCCUGGUGGGCGUUCCAACAUCACCUCGCUGUCCUAGAACUCUGCAGGGAUGGCGCGGGCUGGGCUGUUCCAGGCGGGCAGCUGUGGGGACGCUCACGUCUCUUAGCUUUCCCUUUGUUGACUUUGAAAGGUGCUGGGCCUACCUUCCCCUCCCCAUAUACUCUCCUAUUGGGGUCCCAGGUCCUGUUUCAAGAAGCCCCCACCAGUAGAGAGAAUUUGGGGAGGUCUCUCUGCCAGGGCAAGGCUGGACAUGGGGGCCCGGAGCCCAGGUGCUAGGUGCCUCGUUCGGCAGGGCCACUGCCCAACGGGGGCCACAGCCAGCCGGGCCGAGAGGCUGCGGCGUUUGCCUCUUCCUCCCCAGCAGGAGUCCCUGACCCAAGGCCCCAGCCCUCCUGCUGGCCCAGCGGGUCCGCUCCCCUCGCCGGACCCAGGACAGAGGCCCUGCCGCAGAGCCGCUGUGACGUCAGAGACCCGUCAGGACCUCACGCGGGGUGGCUUCCGGCAGAGGACUGAACCUCUACUUUCCUAGUAGCUCGUUUCCAGGGAAAUUGAGGCUCCUUUUUAGCUGAGAUGCAUUCCUUUUAUUACCAAACGUGCAUUCCUGUAGCUAGUGAGAGCAGCAGCUUCGCGUGGUGAGGGUAGCUGUAGCCAGAACCUGCAUGCCUUCCCCAGCCCAUGUGAACUGGGUCCAUUAAAGGUCUCCGGGCUGUA